AUGAUCAAGCCGAUACAGCUGCUUUUUCAGGUUAAACUUAACGCAGUUUCAGCGUCGCAAGAUUUACCUCUUGUUGUCUACAAGAUUGUAGAAAAUAUGGCUUCUUUUACAGCCAUCACAACCGGAAAUGGUCGUUAUCGGCUGGAAAUAUAUACACGUGACAGAGGCACGCAAGAUACAGAAGAUUUGAGAUUCCGCCAGGUGGCGCAAUAUUUGGUAGAAUGCAAUGACGUAACACCAAAUAUAGCCCUUUCAACAUUACCACCAGGGUACGUGCGGCCACAACCAAAAAUCACCGAAUUUGGUCUCCAGACACUUAAUGAACAUGACCCUCUUGUGGAGCUCAAAAGUUGGGACCAUAUAGAAAUCCAGCUAGCUACUACGCGAGAUCCAGCUUAUCCAGGCCGACACGGGUCAAGAAAAGUUUCGGACUUUAUCUAUAUCCAAACCCAACCCUCCAUCGCCACAUUCCUUGUGAGCAUUCCCUCUUCCGGUUUCUACAAGUUACCAAUCCACGGCAACGUAGCCGAGGACCAGUCCCAUACAUCCCUUGGUCUCUUCAACUAUCUUUUCCAUUGUAAAGAAGUUACCUAG